AAUCGCCUGCUUAUCACUUUCAUUCCGAAUCCAGCUCCUGUAAUAGUGGGGGAAGUAGUAAUAAGUGGCUUAGUUGGUGCACAGCUGACGCCUACACGCACAGUUAGCGGCUGUGUACCAACAACGUCUGACAUGGAGAAUAACUCGUACCUGGGGAUUGAUUUAAGCACACAACAGCUUAAAGCAGUAGUAGUUGACAAUCAGUUAACUGUCCUACAUGAAGCACAGGUUCAGUUUGACAAUGAUUUGCCAGAAUUCAGGACACAUGCAGGAGUGGUACGGAAGGGCAGGGAGGUGUGGGCCUCUCCAGUCAUGUGGGUAAAAGCACUUGAUAUGCUCAUGGACAGGCUUAGAAUUUCUGGAACUCAGUUUGAGAAGAUUGCUGCGAUCUCGGGAACUGCACAACAACAUGGAUCUGUCUACUGGCAGCGUGGAAGUGAGAAAGUUUUGGAAUCACUUUCACCAGAUCGCUUCAUGCAUGAACAGUUAAGUGGCUGUUUCUCAGUGAAAGAAUCACCUGUAUGGCAAGAUUCAAGCACUUCCAAACAAUGUCAGCAGCUAGAGGCAGCUGUUGGAGGUCCAUUGAAACUGGCAGAAAUUACAGGUUCCAAAGCAUAUGAACGCUUCACUGGCCCUCAGAUUGCAAAAAUAUUUCAGACGAAGCCUUCGGCAUAUGAAAAUACAGAGAGAAUCUCAGUAGUAAGCAGCUUUGUAUGUUCACUGUUCCUGGGUCACUAUGCUCCAAUAGACUAUGCUGAUGGUUCUGGUAUGAACCUAAUGGACAUUACACAGAAGAAAUGGUCCAAAAUUUGCCUUGAGGCCUGUGCUCCUGGUCUUUCUGAAAAGUUGGGGGAGCCUGUACCCUCUUACACUUUGUUGGGCCCGGUUUCUAACUAUUUCGUUGAACGGUUUGACUUCAAUACUGACUGCAAAGUAGUGGCCUUUACUGGAGAUAACCCAGCAUCACUUAUUGGAAUGCGACAAACUAAAAAUGACGUCGUCGUAAGUCUUGGCACAAGUGACACACUAAUCCUGUGGUUAGAAAAGCCACACACCCUUCCUUAUGGCCAUGUUCUCUGCAAUCCACUCAACAGCGAGGAGUAUAUGGCACUGCUGUGUUUUAAGAAUGGAUCUCUCACAAGGGAACGGAUUAGAGAUGACUGUGCAGAGGGAUCAUGGAAUCUUUUCAAUGAGCUUCUGGACAGUACACCUAGAGGCAACUUUGGAAAUAUGGGUCUUUACUUUGAUGCACAAGAAAUUAUACCAUUUGUUCAAGGAGAUUUUCGUUACAACAAAGCUGGUGAUCGAGUGUCUAGGUUCAGUAGUAAGGAAGUAGAAGUUCGAGCUGCCAUCGAAGGACAGUUUAUAGCACGGAGAGCUCAUGCAGAAGAUCUUGGUCUUUCUGUAGGCAAUGAAAUGAGAAUCCUGGCAACAGGUGGUGCAUCAGCAAACCAAACUAUUCUUCAGGUCUUAGCAGAUGUUUUCAAUGCAGAUGUCUAUGUUUUGGAUAUAGUGAACUCUGCAGUCUUGGGGGCUGCAUAUCAAGCCAAGCAUGCUAUAGUUCAUGCCUCUGGAAGUUCCUUCAAAGAAAUGGUUUCACAUUUAGGCCACCCUCAUCUGGUUUGUCAGCCUCAUCGUGAUGCUGCUUCUAUAUAUGAUCCAAUGCUGAAACGGUACCGAAACAUAAUACAGGCAAUUACCAAUGGCCAUCAAAAAUUAUAACCACAAUCUUCACCAUCUAUUUGCUAUUUAUGUGUUGAUAGCAAAUUAUUAAUACCUCAGAUGAUUUUCUGUCUACAUGAGAUUCUUGUUUGUGCAAUACUUACCAGAUAAAACUGUUAGUAUUUUUUAUUAUUAAGAACACCAACUAUUUUGUUAUUGGGUUGUGCUAUAAUGUAUCUAAUAGCUACUUGUUCUCUAAGAGUUGCUUUAACAUUGUGUUCAUUUUGUAAAAAGAGAAAUUGCAACAGGACGAUAUUCAGAGUGAUCUACAUUGUUAUAUGUGUGUAAUUUCUGCAUUUAUCAUACACAUUUAUCUAAGAACUAUUUCCUAUUGCUCAAUGGCAAUAUUAGUAUUUUGUAAUAUUGACAGAUUUAAAUUGGCAGCAAAAAAUUAAGAUUUGCAUUGUGAACAUGGUGUAUGUGCUAAAAGCUAACUGUAUCAUUUAAAAUGACAUAGAGGAGGUAAGAGUAAGUCUGUUUCACAUGCUGACCUGACCUUGAACUUUGUCCUUUUUUUAAAAGGAAAGGCAGCUCAUUAGCUCAUUAGUUUUGUGGAGGUGAGAGGGAUGGAGGAAGUAAAGCACAAUUUCUUUAAAAAAAACUUCUUUCUUUUGCAUCUUUUCCCACAUCAACAUAGGGUUGGCAUAAUUACUUAUGGAUUUGGCAUGACUAAUUUAAUGAGUGGCAGGAUGCCUUUCCUGUCACCACUCUUACACACUCUUACAGGUAUGUGUAACCCCGACUGCCUUCAAGUAGUGUGGAAGUGAGUAAAAGUUUCUGAAUGUUUGUGAAUUGUCUAACUGAGGUGGGACUUGGGUAGAAGCCCAGUAUUUGCCUAAUGGGAUGUGGGAAACUGCCUAAAAACCACAUCUGGACUGGCUGGCACACCAGUCCUCAUUAUUAAUCUGUCAUGCAUAUUCGAUCCCGGGCCGGCACAACUCCCUGUCCCAGAAGCGGUGCUUUAAUGCAAAUGUUACAAGAUGAUGAUCUUGUGCACUGUGGGCCCAGUUCUCAUGGGCACCCAGUAGCUGAAGGUUCUUCUUCAGUUCACUUCCUUGCUCUUCCAGUAGGGUGAGCUCUUUCAAUUAUUCCCAAAUGCACAACUUUGGCCUGACACCUGUCUGGCCCCCAACCAAUGUGCCCUGCCAGGCUUAUUCUCUGCUCUUUCAUUUUGUGAAUGAUGUUUAGUUGUUUCUUCAGGUCAUGCAGUUCCUGGUCUUUUUGAUGUCCACAAGUUUUGUCUUCGCAGGAUGAUCCAAAAAUCUUUCUCAUGAUUUUCCUUUCAAAGAUCAACAGGUUCUUUUCAUUUUUUGUGGUGCUUAAUGUUUCUGUCCCUCAUAAUGCUGCCAGUACUAUCACUGCAUUAUACACUUUAAGUUUGGUCUUAACUAACAGAUUUUUUGAUGACAUUAGGUGUUUCAGACUGAAAUAAAUUUUAGGUGCUUUGACAGUACAUUGAUUAAUUUCUGUUUCAGGUCAUUAUGCCUGCUGAACCAUGUGCCAAGCUACUUAAAAGUUUCAACUCUCACUGUGUUUCAUAUUCCAACACAUAACUAGGCAUUAUUAGAGGUUUCUAUGGAUACUUUUAUCAUUUGAGCCUUCUCUUAAACAUGUCCAGUCUUAUUGGCAUUCUUUGCUAAGUUCUCUAUGGUUUCUGCCAUUCUCUCUCUGACUCCGUUGUGGCUGCCAUGUCAACUGUAUAUCCCAAUAACUGCAUUCUUCAGUUUAGCUUCACCCCUUUGUCUUCUUCUUUCAUUUCCAGAAUUACAUUCGCCGGACCAAAUUGAAAAACAAUAGGGAAAUGGCGUCACCUUGUCUCACACCUGUUCUGAUGCUGAAUUGCUUGGAUAACUUGCUGUGGUAUCUCACCUUAGCUUCUGUCUCUGCUGUCUACACCUUCAAACGUUAAUUAAUAUCCUUGGCAUGGCAAGCUCCCUCAGGAUGUUGUACAUGCUUAAUGUGUUUAUACUAUUAUAAGACUUUGAGAAAUCCACAAAUGUAAUCAGGAAUUGAUGGUUGAAUUCUCAGCACUUCUCCCAGACUUACCUCAUUGUCAAAAUUUCAUCCACAGUUGAUCUUCCUUCCUGAAAACCUGCCUGGUACUCUCCAACAAUGUCUUCAGUGAAAGGCUUCAGCUUUUCAAGAAUUAUUAGUGAUAAAACUUUGUGUGGUGUGCUUAGAUAAGAAAUACCUCAGUAAUUCCUUUUACUGUUCUUUUUGUGCAGUGGGAUGAUAGUAGCUGAUUUCCACUCUUUCAGGAUCACGUCCUUUCUCUAUACUUCACUUACAAAAAUAUAUCGCUCUUUCUGAAGUGUUCCACCUUCCAUCUUUGACAUCUCUGCAAUUAUCCUGGUGCCUCAUUAUUAUUCAGUUUCUUAACUGCUCUGCAUAUGUCCUGUUGAAUUACUUGAGAUUAUUCUUUCUGUACACCCUCUGCAAUUCUUCCUUCAUGGAAGACAUUUUCAGGAUCUUCAGCAUUCAACAACUUGCCUCCACCUAUAUAAAACAUUCUCGAACAUCUUGCCAUGUCAGUUCAGGGUAAAACCUCAAGCUUAUGAUAUUUACACCAUUGUUUUCAUCAGGAGUAACUGAUUGCAAAACUGAUGGUGUGGUGGCAUUAUACAUCCCAAAGACAGCUUCUGAUUUUUUGGUAGUUGUGUCAUGCCGUCACAGAUGGUGUCAGCAUCGGUUCUGGCAGCACCACCACUCCCAUCAUAGCAUAAACAUAGCAAAGAAUAUCUCUGGCUCUUCUCUGCAUCAAGAGCUUGCUUCCAUGCACCAAUUAGAUUAUAUUCGCCGUCUCAGUUGAAGGUCUUCUCACACUUUCAUAUUUCUGCAGCCUGUUUAAAUCUUCCCAUUGAUCAUUAACACUUCUUUCAUUACUUCAGAUUUGUUAUGAACUCUGAUAUUAUGCUGGUGAUACAACUCUGGAUCCUUAAGCUUCUCAACUUCAAAUUGUCUCUUGACCCUGUUGUUCCUCCUCCUUUUACAACACAACUGAAGUUGUAGUUUGUCGAGUACUAGAUAAUGGUCUGUGUCUGUAUCAGCCUGUCUGUAGGAUCUAAUACUUGUCAUAUACUUUUCGUUCAUCUCAUCUUUAUGCAUAUGAUCUGAUAGAUGGCAUUACCAGCUGAGGAAGUGCACGUACUUUUGUGUAUAUGUUUGCGAGGGAAGGUCAUCUAGUUCACCAGAAGGUUCUGGCUAAGCCUAAAACUGAUGAGAUGCAGUCCAUAGGAAGAAAUAGGGAAAAAAUUAAAUGAAUGGGACUAUAAAUAUCUAAGAAUUAAAUACAACAACCAUAACAGACAGAUAAGAGGAAAAAAAUUGGAAUGAAUCAGUAAGAAUAAAUGUGGAAACCAAGUGAGUGCAGUAUAAAAACAAUUAUGGAAAAGAGAAUGAUCAUGUGCAUUAGGAGGGUAUUGAGUGUGUUGAAGAUGUGUGUUUGCAUAGUUAUACAGCAAGUGAAUACACAACAAUAAAGUACCAUUACAACAACUGAGCCUCUUCAAUUGUGUUUGCAAAUUUACUUCAGUGAAGAUCAGUGACAAGGAAAUCCAGCUUUGUUAGUGGUAAAAGUAUUAUUCUGCAGUGAGAAACAAGAAUUUGUCAAUAUGGAGUCAGGGGAUGGAUAGUCAAGGGUGGUGGGAAUAGCUAGGAGAAUCUAGGAGAAACUUCUAGGAGAUGGAAGUAUGACAGUGUAAAUACAAAGGGAAGAGAAAAUGAAGUAAAGACGGCUAUCUCAAAUGAGUUAGUCAAGAUAACUGAGAUGCAGAACAUCUGUUGUAAGGUAUAAAACUAGAUAAAUUUAAAGCUGGACAGGUAUUUUGAGGAUUAAUCACUGCAAACCUUUAGAAAAAGUGGUCUAUGGUGAAAGACAAAUUAAAAUGUUUUAUUUAAUCUGUGGGUUUACCUUCUAUUUGGUGUUAGAAACAUUCCUUUUGAAAUACUGGCAAAUUCAAGUCAGAGCAGCAUGUAGCAGAAACUAUAUGAGUAACUAAUGCACCUAUUUGAUAUAAGACUGAGUUUUCAUAACAGACUAUGUACACCUAAGUUCAUAAGUGAAGGAAUCUACGAGAUUC